AUGGGCCCUGUUCCGCCCGCCCCCAGCGUUCCCAGUGGACAGCAGCCGCGCCCGCACCCUGCCCAAGAUCAGCUAUGCCAGCAAGCUGAAGGAGAAUCUGGAGCGCCAGCCAGCCCAGCCCUGUUCCCCCCCCCCCCAGCGUUCCCAGUGGACAGCAGCCGCGCCCGCACCCUGCCCAAGAUCAGCUAUGCCAGCAAGCUGAAGGAGAAUCUGGAGCGCCAGCCAGCCCAAGUGCCAGCCUCGGCCCUCCGCACGGCUGGCCCGCUGCCCAACUGCACCCCUCCCCCGCCUGCUGAGCCCCACCUGGGUGCCAUCUUCCAGAUCCCCUUCAUCAACGAGCCAGGCGCUGGCCAGACUGGGGCCAAGCCCCUGCCCCUGGGCCCCGAGGAAACAUCCACCAUGUCAGCUCUGGGACUGCAGGGGCCUGGCGACCCUGCCGAGGGGCCUUUGGCCGCUGCCGGGCAGAGCACAGACUGCUGGGAACAGAUGAGCCACAAGGACUGGGAGGAGGCAUGUGACUAUCACACAGAAGCAUGGGAUCAUCUAUGGAAGUUGCAUAGACAAGCUCCUGGCAGAGUCACCGUCUAUGUUGACCCCCUGGAUGGAAAGGGUUAAAUUGGGGGGCCUCCUUGGGGACGGGAUGUUGCUGUGAGCCAGGCAGGGGAGGGACAGGACCCUCCCAUGAAGACUCAACUCACCCCUGCUGGGCACAGCCAGGAGCGGGGGGAGGGGGAGAUGGGUGGCAGACCACAGGCUGGGGUCUCGUGGCCCCUUCUGGCUUGGCCAUGGUUUGAAUUUCCCUCCUCCUCCCGUUUUCAUUCCAUCCCUGCUCAGCGGUAGCAGAUUAAAGGCAAAACCAAUUUAUUUAAAUUCA